UUGCCAAGAUAGGUAGCUUUGAACACUCUUGACUCGGUGCCUGCGACUUGCGCCGACUUUUUUCCUAGCGCCUUGUGGCGACCCAGAUACGAUGAAGCUCUGUAAAGAGAGGAUUAUCGACGCUCGCCGCGCUGCCCAGAGCUGCCCGGUUGCGCACGUGGUUUCUGGUCGUGUUGCUCAGCGCGUGGCGUUCGGGCGGACGGCAACGCAGCAGCAGCAGCGGGCAGCCCAUGUGGCGGUUCGCGUUGCGGAGGCUUCCCCGGCGAAGCCGGCUGGCGACGUGUACCGUGUGGAGACGCGGCCCCUGGAGGAGGGCGUGGAGAAGCACAUCAUCUCCAUCUUCGUGGCGGACGAGCCCGGACUCAUCAACCGCGUGGCGGGAGUGUUCGCGCGGCGAGGCGCCAACAUCGAGUCUCUGGCUGUGGGCCUGACGGUGGACAAGGCGCUGUUCACGGUGGUGGUGGCGGGCAAGGCCAACGUGGUGGCAAACCUGGUUAAGCAGCUGGGCAAGCUGGUCAAGGUGCGCUACGUGGAGGACAUCACGAGCACUAACCGGAUAGAGCGCGAAAUGCUGCUGCUGAAGCUGCGUGUGCCGGCCGGCUCCACCCGGGCCGAGGUGCUGGAGCUGGCGGCUGUGUUCCGUGCGCGCGUGGUGGACGUGGGCGAUGAGACCCUAAGCCUGUGCGUCACUGGUGACCCGGGCAAGCUGACCGCCAUGAUCAAGGUGAUGUCGAAGUUCGGCAUCGAGCAGCUGACCCGCACCGGCCGCAUCUGCCUGCGCCGCGGCGAGGCGCUGCUGGAGCGGUCCGCGGGCAUCCCGGAGCAGAUUGCGGUGCCGCUGCCGGAGGCGGCCAAGGUCAAGGCGGCGUCGUCCAACGGCGCGCCCAAGGCCGCUGCUGCUGGCGAGGAGCGCGGCGCGGACGUGUACGUGGUGGACGACGCCGACCUCAAAGGCGUGUGGGACGUUGACAACGUGCUGUCGCCCACCUACUCCGCCUCCGGCGCCGGCGCCCUGCCCGCCGACUUCAAGCCCUACACGCUGUCCAUCGAGGUGCAGGACGUGCCGGGAGUGCUCAACCAGGUGACCAUGGUGUUCUCGCGCCGCGGCUACAACGUGCAGUCUCUGGCGGUGGGCCCCUCGGAGCGCGAGGGCCUGUCGCGCAUCGUCAUGGUGGUGCCGGGCAAGGUGUCCUCUCCCGACGGCUCCUCCGGCAUCUCGCCCCUGCUCAAGCAGCUGUCCAAGCUGGUGUUCGUGCAGUCCAUCGAUGACCUCACCGACAUCCCCUUCGUCAACCGCGAGCUCAUGCUGGUCAAGGUCCGCUGCUCCGCCAGCCAGCGCGGCGAGCUGUCCGACCUGGCCAACAUCUUCCGCGGCAGUGUCCUGGACGUCAGCCCCAGCUGCAUGACCAUCGAGGUGGUGGGCAAGGAGGACAAGAUGAAGGCGUUCACGGACCUGCUGGAGCCCUACGGCAUCCUGGAGAUUGCUCGCACCGGCCGCGUGGCCAUGCCCCGUGACAGCGGCGUCAACUCCGAGUUCCUGGAGCGCAUGAGCAUGGGCCGCGUGUGGUGAUGACCAGAAGCGGCGGAGGAGCCAGGAAGAGGUCAGGAGCAGGAGCCAAGCAGGAGGAGGAUGAGUAGAGUACGUGUGGCUGGGAGGAGGAGGCCACCGGUGCCCCAGCAGGGGCACGAGCGGGUGACGUGAGCAGGAGGAGGAGGCGGAAUACGCACUUGACACGGCUUCAGGAGGCGCAGAGCGAGGAGGCGGAGGCUGAACUCGUGGCGCGUGGAGAUGGUUUGGGCGAGGUUCUUGUGUGGAGCCGCGCGCGUUGGAUGGACGACGGCGUCUUGUGGAUGGUCAGAUGGAACCGGCAAAUGUCGUGGUGCCAUGCAGUGGUUUUGCCGUAUGGACUAGCAGUGUUUAAGCAGGGGCGGCGUCGGUCAUGCAAGUGCGAUACGGUAUGCUGAAUAGCACACUAUCCAUUGCCAGCAGGGCGAACGCAUGUAGGAUGGCCUGCUGCCUCCGUAGUUCAUGCUGUUGCGUCACUCGGUUAGUACCGUGUGAUCUAGGCUCGCGCGCGAGGUGUGGGGCCACGUGUGCAUGAAGGAUGUUUACAGCAGCCUUCAGGCGGCACAGAUACUCCUGUGUGAGCUUAAUUGGGAGCUUUGGGCAGGAUGGCACAUGGGCGGACCGAACGUGUGCACAGAGUGGAGCCAUGUGAAUCGCGGAUGUUCCUAAAUCCUAGAAUGCACAAACAGUGCAGAGAGCCAGAGACCCUCGCACAAUUGGUCCACGUCUACAGGAGUGAAACUGGAGAGGAGAAGGCAGGGGCCCGCGUCUCACCACAACGUUGCAGAUGCUCAUUCCGCACCGCCCUCACAUCAUGCCGCGCUGUUACUGGAUGGAUCCUGUCAUGCACGCCUGUCACACUGCGCUUCGCAGCUAUGCCACUUGCUUUGCUCCAUCAUGUAACUUGAGUCACCU